AUGUCACCAACACUCCCCUUCUCCCUCGACACCCUCCGCUCCCACGCCAUCUUUGUCCCCCCUGCGUCGAGCUCGACAGAUGACGGCUGGGAGCUCGUCGACUCGACCUCGGGCGGCAACCUCGAGGACGGUCUGCCUGCGCCCAAGAAUGCGCGCAUUGCCGUUCGUGACAAGGACCUGCUAGUUGCCUUUGGUCGCGAGGUGCGCAUGGCCAACCUUGGGGGCGAAGGCUGGGAGGUGCACAAUGGCGCCGUUGGCGGAUACAAGACUCUCAAGUCGCCCCACCUCACCUUUCCGAUCCACCAGCUUGUUCUCAACCCCACCGGUCGUCUGAUUGCGGUUGUGGGCCACCACCAGAUCGUCGUUCUCGUGCUCCCUCGCGCCGGAUUUGCGAGCACUGUCGGCGGCGACAUUCCCUGCCGUACCUUUGCGGUCGAUGAGUACCAGCACUCGCCAUCAUCGACAAUCGCGGUAACCAAGGUCCGCUGGCACCCCUGGGCCGAGGACGGCAACUCCCUCUGGGUCCUCACUGCCGACGGCAAGCUCUUCGAGUACGAUGUUGUUCACCCGCAAGACCCUGUGCAGACGUUCAACUUCCUGUCUGACAAAUCGGUGUCCAAGUUCUCGGCCAUCGAUCCUCUGUCGCAGUACGCCACCUCGUUCACGUUCUCGGAAGGCUCGAUGGACUUUGCCCCUCUGAUGGUGUACGCCCUCAUGGCCAACGGCGACAUUUACACCAUGGGACCAGUCCUUCCCCUCCACGCCGAGGUGCCUGUCGAGUACCUGCAGUCGCUCCAGGCAUGGGUGUCUGCGCGUUCAGACAGCCUGAAGAGUGGCGAAGAUGGCGAGGAAGGAAGCGCUGAGCGUGCGGCACUCUCCGGACGUGCGGCGCUGCAGUCGCAGUGGGUCGAGGCUGUUGUUUCGCAGGCGUCCAAAACGUCUGACGAGACCGAAGCUGAAGAAGCGCCCUCGCCAUCCAAGGGACGUCGUGGUUUUGGCUUGCGGGAUGCUACUCCUGCUCCUCCCCCCCCACCAUCCAACCGCACACCACCACCGCCUGGCAUGGUUCGCGUACACCCUCCACACCUCACUGCGUCGGGCAACCCCGCACCAGGAGUGCACCGCCCUCUCAUGCGCCAGGGCCCUCUCCUGUAUUCGCCUGCUCCCCAGGAGGUCGGUAACGGUGACGACGUGGACGAGCAGAUGGCGACCGACCUGAUUGUGAUUCGCGCCGGUGCCGACUCGGAGAGCACCCACCGCAUCAAUGUCUUGGCCAUUGCCUGGUCGGGCGGUCGUGUCGACCUUGGCGUUGAGGUUGAGCCUCCUGAGCCGCGCUGGGUGACGUCGCGCGACCCAUCGCCAGGUGAGGUGACCCUCCCACUCAUUGAAUCGGUUCUCUCCUCGGUUCCUCCCGGUGUCGAAGCCGAGGCGUUUGCUGCCAACGCGCCUACCUUUGUCCAGGACACCAUCCACCCCGAUGUGGUUUACGUUCAUCACUCGUUUGGCGUUGACGCCAUCUCGGUGGAGCCAUGGGCCACCAAGCUCUUCUCUGCUGGCGAUGACCCUCUCCCAUCAAGCGACGUGGCAUGCCUCGUCGAAGCUGUCCCAUCAAAACCCAUUAUUGGCGCCAUCACGUUCUGUAAUAUCACCCUCGGUUACGGCCUCCUGGCUCUUGCCACAACUGGUCAGCUUGCUGCCGUCGAGAUGGAUUUCCGCGUCAAGGACGUCGGCAUCGAGGCGCCUCCUCCCAGCGCUCCAGCCCCUGUUGUUGAUGCCGACUCGGACUCUCUCCUCCAAAAGGCCUUUGACGUUGCCCCCCUGCUCAAGGAGCUGUCCCAGCCCCUUGACGCUCGCUCUGCCGUGCGCAAGCUCCCCGAUUCUGGCAAGCAGAUCACUUCCAUUGGCCCCGAUCACCUUCGCGCACUUGCGGAGGCUGCAUCCCAGGUCCGCAAGCGCGCCGAGGCCGUCCGUAGCGCCUCGAGCGCCGUCGAGCGCCGCCUCGACCUGGACAUCCGCGAAAUGACCCGUCAGCUCAAGGAGCUCAGUGACUCCUCGUCCGGUAUCGACCAAAUCCGCACUCGCGCAUCCGCCAAUGCAGAGCGCGCCCACACCAUGGCCACGUAUCAGGUCACCUUGUCCCGCCGCCUUGACGCCAUCCUGUCGGCCAUGCUGUCCGAGUACCGUCCCCAGAUUGGAGACGUGGAGCGGAAAUGGUUCGACGAGCUGGAACGCCUGCGCGUCCGCGUGUCUGGCGGUGCUGGACGUCGCGCCCCGCAGGGACUGGCGCACAAGGCCCAGGUCCUCAAGGAGCAGCUGGCCGUCGUCAAGCCUCUGGCUGAAAAGGCCCAGGCAGAGGCAGAGGCCAACCCUUCGCAGGCAUAUGGAUCCAAGCAGCUCCGCCCACUCGAGACCGCCCUCUCCCAGCGCAGUGACGAGCUCGCGCGCAUGAUGCGCAGGAUGGAGGCCCUGACCGUCAAGGUCGAGGAGGCACAGUAA